AUGGAUCCAUUUCUACCUAUUCUACAUCGCAGUUAUUAUGUCGUGGAUUUGAACCCUGAUGGUGACGCCCCUGCCGCGUCCGGCUCGGUAGGCAAGCCCCCUGCCGAGGUUAAAGACACCAGCGAGGUUGAUGAGCUCGUUAAGCAUCGCGUCCAUAAGGACAGCUCGACCGUUGAAUUCAAAGUUAAGUGGAAGGGGAGUGAUAACCUAGCUCUCGUCUAUAAUGCGACUAAGCUCGAGCUUUACUAUGUAUUUAAGAUCUUAAAGCGUACUAAGGUCCCUAAGGGUGCCCGACCUGCCGAUAACUCCAAGGACGCCCAAUACAAUUAUGAGCAUAAGUCCACGCUUCGAGAGAUUGCCCUAGAUGAGUUUGAAAAGUUUAAGGCCAAAGAGUUAGCGAGGGGUGCCAUAGAGUCUCGGAAGCGCAAGAAUAUCUAUGGCCUAGGACGACCACGCAAGAAGGUCAGAGGUGCCGAUAACUAA